UCAGCGCGCGCUGCCGGUGGAUGUCGGCGGGAGUCGGUUCGUGGUUCUUCUGUGAAUCUGCCGGUUUUUAUCGGGACUCUGGCUGCGGAGCGGCUGCGACGGCGGGACCCGGUCUGCGCUCUCAGCUGACCGACACAACUCACCUUUGACUCCUCGUGUCCGCCAAAGUUCUGAACACGAUGGCCAGUCUUUUUCUUCGUCGUCAUGACAACAGUCGCCAUGGUCGCCCGUCACCUUGGUGACCUUCCAGUCAUCCAGUCCUCUCUGCUCCGUCCAAUCAGCUGCGGGGAUGCACGUGAUGGGCAGCGUCUCCCCGGCCAAUGAGAGCGAGGGUUUGUCCUUCCAGGAGGAGGAUGUAGCCGUUGCCGUGCCGAUGUCUCCUCCUCCACCUCCUUCCCGGUUUUCAGACAUCGAAGGUGUCGAGACGAGAUUACCUGACCCUCCUCCUCCCCCUCCUCCUCCUGUUGCUCCGCCCCCUCUCCUUGCCCCACCCCCUCCACCUCCCCUGCCACCCCUCCUUCCAGGGCUGGGAGACCCUGUGGUCGGCCUGAGGAGGAAGAGGAGGGUGAGGAGCUUCUUCUGGAAACCCAUCCCUGAGGAGCAGGUGAGGGGGCGGGCCAACCUGUGGACUCAGGGCCCAGCGCAGCAGCAGAUCGACGUCCGCACCAUCGAGGAGCUGUUUGGCCAUAACGACAGCCAAUGGGACGCCUCGGCCACGCCCAGCAGGGCCGGGAGGAGCAGGGGCUCCUUCAGAGACGCCAGAGAGGAGCUCUCCAUUCUGGACUCCAAGCGAGGGAUGAACGUUGGCAUUUUCCUCAAACAGUUCAAGAGGUCCAAUCACAGCAUAGUAGAUGAUAUUCGUCAUGGCAACAGCAAGGCGUUUGGGGCGGAGCCUCUUAGAGAGCUGCUGAAGCUGCUGCCGGAGAGCGAAGAGGUGAAGAAGCUGAAGACCUACAGAGGCGACGUCUCUAAGCUCCCAUUGGCUGAUUCCUUCCUGUACCUGCUGGUUGAGUUGCCCAGACAGUUUCCCUCCUUCAUGGUUCUGAUAUUUAGAGGUGUGCAAGAGGCAGAGCUGCUGAGCUGUGAGCAGCUUCAUGCUGUUCUUCAUCUGGUGCUGCAGGCCGGGAACAUCCUGAACGCUGGAGGUUACGCAGGAAACGCUGUGGGCUUCAAGCUGUCGUCGCUUCUGUCUCUGGCCGACACCAAGGCCAACAAACCGGGAAUGAACCUGCUGCACUUUGUGGCUCUGGAAGCUCAGAAAACAGACAAGAAUCUGUUGGAGUUUCCUCUCAGGUUGGGUCACGUCCAGGCUGCAGCCAGGAUCUCCGUGGAAACGCUGGACGCUGACCUGCAGUGGCUGACAUCUCGCACACGCUCAGUAGAGGAGAGCGUCCAGAGAGACACGGAGCUGCUGCAGCAGCUGGAUGACUUCCUGCAGGACGCCACGUCGUGUCUGUGCUCGCUGCGCGGCGGCAGACAGCAGCUGGAGAAGGAAAGCAGCGAGCUGCUGGACUUCUUCUGUGAGGACAGAAGCUCGUUCAGGAUGGACGACUGCUUCAGCAUCUUCUACACCUUCUGCUGCAGGUUCACCAAGGCUGUGCAGGAUAACGUGGAGCGCGAGGCGAAGGAGGCGGCUCGGCGGCGGCGCAUUCAGGAGAUGGAGGAGCAGAAGAGGCACUCGUGGGCCGGCGGCGAGGAGGUGGGCGGAGCCUUCGGGCUGCGCUGCAGCAGCGAGACGGACAUGUCGGCCGCCGUGUCCCGGCAGAACGACGCAGGGCUGCUGAUGGAGCUCCUGAAGCCGAAGCCCCGCCCCCGCUCACCCCUCAACACCUCCCACGCAGGGAGCUUACGGCGGUCCAGGAACUCUCCAUCCAGCUCGCCAUCCGCCGCUGCUGGGCUUGAACUGAGCAUGCUCCUGGAAAUGGCUACUGUUGACCACAAAGUCGGCCAGCAGAGAGGAAGAGGAGACACCAGGACAGUUUUCCCGCCAGCCUCACCUGAACCUAAAAGAAGUCCUGGACCCUCUCCUCCCAGUGUCUCAGCGUUCAGCCAGGUUUCACCACAAACUCCACUUCAGAACCCCUCCAGCAGUCCAGGAACCACAGACCAUGCAACCGCUUACCUCCAACGCUACGACGCUGCACAGACUCAGACUGAGACCUGGCAUCCCACCGAUGCAGCUACAGACACACCUACCUCCGACCAAAACCAGCAGUCUGACCGCAGCGACACUGACGGUGCACUUUGUGGCAGUUUGAGCAGCCAGGCGACGCCUCCACGCUGUCAGACUCUCUCUGCUUUAAACAGAGAAACAGCUGGAACAAGCACAACUGAUCAGGUCAUGAGUCACGAUGAGACGCUCCUACGCAGCGCUGCUGCGACACAAAACAUGUCCGUGGUUCUGGAGAAAUGCAUGCUGGUUCCUGAGCUCAGAGUGUUUGAGGAUUCUGCCGCCACGACCAGCUGCAGUCAUCACCAAGGCGACACGGGAUCCACAGAUCCACAGAAUAUCUCCCCACAGACUGACGAUGGAGAGAAAUCUGCUCGGACAAAGUCUUCCUCGUCACAGAGGGAGGAAGACGAGGAAAAGGUGGUUGUUUGGUGUGUGACGGGCGUCUGUGAGGCGGCCGCCGACAUGCACAGCACUCCAGCGGACAAAGAGCCAAGUACAAACCAGAGAGAACAGCUUGUUUCCUGUGCCACAGCCAAUCACAUGCUUUCAGAACCUCGGCCAGCCAAUGAGAAGCCAGUGCCUGUACCCAUUAGCAGCCAACCAGCGCCUGCCUCCCGCUGUGACGACGUGUCGCUCCCUGCUUCUUCCUCCAGGUGGUGCCCAGCAGAGCCGGCGCCGGCCGCUGCAGCCCCCACUGAGAAAGAUAACAAACCAGCCAAUCGGGGGGAAGAAGCAAAGGGCUCCACCAAUCAGCAGAGCCAUGUCCCAGAUAACGCAAGCAAAAACAAGAUGGCUCCCAUUCAGUCGUCCAAUAAAAAUACAAGAACAGCUUCCUCCACCAAGAACCACUUGACUUCUCAACCUCGACCCACGACCCCAAGCAGCGGCUCUGCAGCGAGCAGGUCUGUCCGCCCCCCCACCGACUCCGAGAAGCAGGGCAUGAGGCGGGUGGUGCCCAUCUCCAGAACCAGCCGAGGCACUCCGUCGCUGGUCAGACGUCCUGAGAACUCUGAUGUCCACAGCCGGGGCUCUGCACAUUCCGCCAGUCUCAGCAGAGCCUCGGUCCGACGUGGAGAAAGGCCCGCGACAGCGCCGUCAUCCCGACGAUCCAGCGUCAACAAGGCGCCGGACCCCAAAGAGUCCAAGGACCAGAGGGUUUCAGGCACUCUGGCAGCCGGCCGAGAGCAGUACCAGGACUUGCAAAGUAGGCCGUCCAUCCGAAAGCCACCAAUGAAAGCCAAGCCGGAGCCAGAGGAGAAGAUGUGUCGGUCCACGCUGCGAGCGCUCGCUCUCGGUGGAGGCAGCGUCAGUGCUCCUGUUACUCCUCUGCACAAAGCCUCCACCCCAACAUCCUCACUGCUGCCAGGCUUCGCCCGGAGCACCGCCUCGUCUUCCUUCAGACGGACCAGCACCACCCUUGCUCCCGCUGCUACUUUCCGGUUUCCCCACGCUGCCUCCAACUCCUCUCCUAAAUCCUCCCCAAAGACCUCCACCUCCUCGACUUUCACCCGAACAGGCUCUCUGAGAGUCGCCUCCUCCAGACCUUUGGAUCUCCUCACGCCGUCCGCCUCGUCCCCGCUGAGGAGCGUCUACUCAUCUCCUCGCAACGGACGCGAAGACAGCAGCAGCUUCUCCGACAAAUCCACGCAUUCGAGGGAGUCAGGUAAAACCACCCGGCCCAGCUGGAGAUAGCAGGAGGCUGAGGCUGCAGUCCGUCUCAAAGUGUUGCAGCAACUCCUUCGUCUUCUUCUGUCACUUUCCAAAAUAAAGAAAAUCAUCAAGUGUAGUUGGAGAGGAAGGACGUUAACCUCAGUAUGAAACACAGACAUGGUUGUUUGAGGUCAAGAGUCUGAGCAGUGGUUCUCCACUGGAAGCCAGCGGUGUGCUCCCUCUGCUGGAGGAGAUGCUGCCUCAUGAAGGCUUUGUUUGAUCAGACCAUCGAGCUGAAGAGCAGCUGCCAAGUUCUCAUAUCGAGUCCCACGCUGAUGCCUUUUUCUGAGAAGACUCACUUCAAGUUCAUUAAAGUUCUUAAAAUCAAUCCAGUUUAUCUUUUGACAACUGAAUACUUCUGAGUUAAGGAGGAACUGGACACCUGCUGAACCUGGUUCAGGUCUGGACUAGAAGGAACCGUCUGGAUGGGCGGUUCAGAGUCUUCAUCACGAUGCUGAAUUAUCCUGCUAUGCAUUGACACGACCACAGCGGAAAUAUUCUUCUUCCAACAUUAAACAUGAUAGAAACGCUGUCGUGUGCUCAGGAAAGGUCUCGAACAAACUCUCAUCUUUUCUCUGAACCAUAAAACCAGCAGCAGGUUUCAAACAGACUGAUUCCACUCAUCAGCCAGAACCUGGAAGAGCAGAAAGAAUCCUCAGAUUUCCAGCGUUCUGAUGGUCCUUGAACUACUCAUGUGUGACUUUUGGUUUGAUUUGGAAAAUUAACCAAAUCUGAGCUUCGUGAGGUUCUGCAAGCCUCGUUUAUAAAAUGUUUGCUCUGAGCAGAUUGUGUAGAGAAACAAAGUUCUGCCCUGGUUCUGACUGAUUCUCCGUCAGAGGGAGGCAGCGGUUCCACAGCAGACGAUCAUUUCAUACAGAACCAACCAAAUCUGAUCAAAGUUUCCCCAGAAGCUCCUCAGAACACCUGGUUCUGUACCUACAGGAGCUUUAUUUAUCUGGGAGUAUUCCAGAGCUCCAGGCCCUUGAAGUCCAUAGAGGAGGGUCCAGAUUUGUCCCGUUUUAUUAGUUUGGACAAAUCCCAUUGAGCACAUUCAGUCCUGGAGGUUCCACGUGUUCGUCUCCUUCACUGAUGACCUGCAGUGAAAAUGAGCCACAGUGAGUCCAGAUGAAGCUGUUUGGCUUCAGACGGUGAAGCUGAGACGUUCAGGAACACGUGAGUCCGCUGAACAGUUCAGUCGCCUGGUUUCAGGUCCAGGUUCUGCUGUUGGUUUCCAGGAAUCUGUAACAUUCUGAGAUAUCUGCACAGUUUAGUGUAUUUGCUCCACAGGCUGGUGACGAACUGCAAUCAGGAAUAAUUAAACAUCAGUACACUCGUGUUUUUAUAUUCAUCUUCAAUGUCUUUUUGAUUCUUGUUGUGCUCCUUUAACUUCACUGACCGAGCUGAAGGAUCUCCGUGAAUCAGGUCUGAUUAAAAUAGAAGUGAUGUUAUUAAUUAUUGUGAUUGUUAAAGCUGAUUAAUCUGUGACGAUGAGACGGUGGAAGUGUCUCUGAUUCAAAGCCAGCGUGUCUGAAGGACGUCCACCUGGUUUCCUGUUUAACCCAACAUGUGUCUGAGCCGACGAAUAAAGUGACGUCUGCAGUUUA